AGAGAGAGAGAGAAAGGAGGAGCAGUUUGAUCGCAAGUCUAAUCCUGUCUUAUUCGCUGCUCCUUUCACUUCACUUCAGGCUUCUCAGUUGACUGUGAUCACAAAGGCUCACAUCUGACUACUGAAAACUAUUGUGGUGCUUUCAAAAAAGAGCCACCUGGACAUAUGGAUUCCUGGCAAAAUUGACUGUAAGCAAGAGAAUUAACUUGUGCUUCCAGCUCAGAUCUGACUGAACUUCAACACUUUUGGAUUUGUUUUCAUUUUUCAUGGUGGAAUCAUGAACUCCAAAAGGACAAAUUUAUGACAAGACAACGGACGCAUCGCAUGUUGCUUUUGUUCCUGCAGCUCCAACUGUGAUCACGACGACCCCCCGGCAACAUACCUGAGCAGAAUGUUCAAGGAUUACCAAAGCAAUGCGGUCAUCAAUGACCACUACAACUACACAGGAAAGCUGACUGAGAACAGGUCCAUGAAAGGCAUGAAAGCUGUAGAUAUUGUAUUCCUUAUUAUCUGUCUGCUAAUUGUGCUGGAGAAUGCCGUGGUUCUUAUAGCUAUUUGGAAGAAUAAAAAAUUCCACCUGCCCAUGUACUACCUUCUGGGCAACCUGACUUUCUCAGACUUGUUGGCAGGAUUUACCUACAUGGUGAAUAUCAUAACAUCAGGGGCCAACACUCUCACAAUGACACCUGUCCAGUGGUUCAUCAGAGAAGGCGGUGUUUUCAUCACAUUAACUGCUUCCAUUAUUAGCCUCCUGGCCAUUGCUAUUGAACGGCAUGUUACUAUGGCACGGAUGAAGCCAUACCAGGGAGCCAAGCGUGGGCGUAUGUUUGCUUUGAUUGGCAUAAGUUGGGUGCUCUCGAUAUUUAUGGGUCUGCUACCCAUUAUGGGCUGGAACUGCAUGGGUACAUUGGAGCAGUGCUCUACUGUCUUGCCCCUUUAUUCCAAGAGCUUCAUUCUCUUCUCUAUUACAGUCUUCUCUGUUGUAUUACUGGCUAUUGUGGUCCUCUACAUCCGCAUCUUCCGUGUUGUAAAGUCCAACACACAGCGGCUGACUGGUGCUCCACAGCGUAAAGGUUUUGCAAAGAAGUCCCAGAAAUACAUGGCUCUUUUGAAGACAGUCACAAUAGUGUUGGGUGUUUUUAUCGCCUGCUGGCUUCCACUCUUUUUUCUUCUUUUGCUGGAUUUUUUUUGUCCAGCAAAAAGCUGCCCUGUAUUGUUAAAGGCAGAGUAUUUCCUGGGACUUGCUAUGAUUAACUCAUUACUUAAUCCUAUUAUCUACACCUUAACCAGUAAGGACAUGCGUAAGGCUAUACUGAGAUUGCUCUGCAGCUACUGCUUGAUUACAAAAGAUGGACAGGUGAGAAAGUUUGGAAUAACGUUUCUGGAGUGCAGUACAAGUAAAAAUGAGAUGACAUCACACAGGUUGGAGGGCCUGGAGACAACAGUCUCCACAGGGAAUAUUACACCAUCUACUAUCAAAGCUAUUUUUCCCAAAAUAUCAAAGAGUGUAGCUAUGGGACAAUAAGUCAAGGCUGAGGUUUACUGUGGACUGGUCUAAUGAAGGAUAUCUCGAGAGGAUGAGCCAGUUUGUAAAGGUGUACCUAAGAGAGUUUCAGAACUGAUUUUUUUAAAUCAAGGAAAGCAUUAGACACCAUUUUUUGUUUACUAAUUUACUGUGAGAUUAUCAAGUUGAAAUUGAGGACUUGAAGAAAUAAAGGGAUAAAAACAAUGUAUUCUAUUCACAUCCAAUAUGAUGUGAAGCAACAUGCACUUAAGAACAAAUAAAAUGCAAGUAUUACAUGGUAGUUGAUAUUACAAUAGCUUGGAUUUUACGUUGUCUGCCAGUGUCUAUAAUAUUAUGCAAGAUUUGUCUGUGUGUCUGGUUUUCUAAACCAUGCAGUGUUCACAUGAGACACACAGAAUUAAUCUUUAAUAGCUGCAUGGACAGAAAGCAAGUCAGACGGAAGGUCUGCUUGUAGCUCAUAUCCCUUCAGUUAUGGGAGUACUUGAUACUUGCAUUAAUUCCCAGAACAUGUGUUCAAUCCUAUAUAAAUUUGGAUUUACUCCAGACCUUACACAAUUUUGAAGCAGAUGCAGAAGAAGAAAAAAAACCUGUAUAGGAUGACACCAUGUUUUGUAGCUGAUUAGAACAUGAUUAGUUCAGUGUUACUGUAGCCUUAUAUGCAUAUGUGUAUAAAAUAUAUUUAUAUCAUUUGAAUAAAAGGUAGUAUUUGAUAAUUUUUUAUGCUUUGAAUUUCUGCUAAAUUAUGAUUCUCAAAUGUAUAUAUGUACCUUUAUAAUAAAGAGAUAAUAAACAGC